UUAGAGAGAAGCGGUUGAUUAAAGGAAAUAUUUAUUAUUGUGUGUUAUAGUCCGAAAAGUUCACUUAAUAACAGAGACAACGAAAUCGAAAUUACGAAAUUAAAUCGUUAAUAAAAUAUAUCAUUUAUAUUUAUAUACACUCGAAAUUCAUACACACUAUUGGUUUAAGUUCUUUACAUCAACGACGACUAUUGGUUAUUUUCCCGUUCGACUCGUCGUCUCGGCCAAUUAUACGAAACGAAGAAAUGGGAUUUUUAAAGGUACGUUUUAAGUAACCGGUGACGUUUGCGAUUGUUUUUGUGCCAGUGAAUAUUCGUUACGUCUUUCCAUUCAUAAUGUUUAGAUGCACGACAUAGUUAAAGCCGAAUUCCUGGCUGUAAACGUGGAAAUGGAAGAUUCCUAACAAGAUUUAAAAAGUCUUAACUAGAUGUACGUAAGCACAUGUAUCAUCAGAUCGACCUCUUCUGUAAAAUUAUACUGGAUGACUAAUCGAACGGAUUGUUUUUUCUCAUUUUCGCAAGUUUUUUCUUCAGUUGGAUAUAGCGAGUAAAUGCGUUUCGAAGAAUAACAUAUGCGGUAAAACGAUCGAAGGUUUACAGUCAUAUAGUUAUACUCUGUAUUGUAUAUGAAGAAUAUGAUUCAUGAAACACGUGGUGAUUCUCAAAUCAAUUAAAGUUUUGCACGUAUUUCUGAUAAGUCCAAGGUUUUCCUUAAUUAAUGAAGAUGAUUAAGAAACAAAAAUGUGAUUUUUGGUGCUUUCUGAUUAUUUUGUUGAUAUUUAAUGGGAAAACAUGAGAAUUAUUGAAUAUUCUCCAAAGAAAGAAAAUGAUUUCAAUGGAUAUACAAGGUAUCACAAACUAAGAGAAACCUUGUUACAAAGCCAUAACAAUAGUGAAAGCUUCAAAGAUAAAAUGAGCAUAAAGGGAAAUGACUGCCAAUUGAAAUAUGCAAAAGAAAAUUCCAAAACAAGAUAUACUGGAAAUAAUAUUAACUAUAACUCAAAAAAUUCUUUAUCAAAAUCAGGUAUAAAUACAUCUCAAUCACAUAAUUCUUUAUCAUUAUCAUAUAAUAAAUGUAAUAAAGUAACAAAAGAUGCAAAAGUUUCUGAAACUGUAACAGAGUCCAAAUCAGUUGAAGAUAAUUCAAAAAGUAGAAAUAAAGCUAUAGGAAGUUUGAACAAUUCUCCUAAAUGGUCACGAAUAAAAGAUAAGUUUGAGAGAGGUGAUUCUCAUGAAUCUCUAAGUUCAUUGCAGCCAUCCAUUAGUGAAAAUAUCAGUUGUAAAGAUUCUUCCUUACGGAAAUCAGAUAAUAAAAUGUAUUCAAAAUCAUUGUCAUCAAAUGCUAGUGUAACCACUAGAAAGAAGUCUUCAACAUUGCCAUCCAGACUUGUUAGUGAAGAUUUAAAAAGUAUUAAAACUUUUACCACUGAUAAAAAUUUAUCAACAUUCAAAAUGAAAACAUUUGACAUUUCAAAAAAUUCAUCUAAACUUCUUAAAGAAUCAAAUGCUUUUAGUAAAGAUGUAAUAAAGCAAAAAGCCCAAGCACAUACAAAACUUGUUGGAAACAAACGAACUGAAAGUUGUACAAAUCAGGAUAGUAAAAUUAACAAAAAAUCUACAGAGAAUCAUCCCAUUCCAGCAUUACGUACAAGUCUAAAUAAAAAUAAAACUAAUCAGAUAUACACUAAUGUUUCCCUUCAUUCACUCAAUGAAAAGAAAGUUGCUUCUUCUUACAGAACAGUCAAAGAUAAAAAAUACUUGAGUGACAAUGAAAAAAUUAAUAGAUAUGGUUUUAAGACAAAGAAUACAGACAGUACAAAAUCACAUCUUCAAAAAAAUAGUUCAUUGUCAGACCAUAGAGAAGCAUUACUGGCUGAUUGCAUUGAAAAUGAUCAGCAAAGGAAUGAUGCAAAAGAAUCAAAAGUAGCUUAUCUCACUAAUAAAUUUAAUUCACUCAGCUGUCAAAAACCAGAAAUGAAGAAAAGUAAUUCAGUUGUGAAUGUUGAUGAGUCAAAAUGUCACAUACUCUCAAAAUCAUUUUCCUCAAGUAAUGUUUUUACUACAUUACAGAAAAAUGAAACUGAAAGCCAGUUAAAAAAUAAUUCUCAGCUGGAAUGUUUACCUGUAGAAAAUAUGCCAUGUACUGCCAUAGAAAAAUGUUCAUGUUUGGGAUUAUUUACUAAAUCUGCUGAUAAAAAUAAUAAGACUCAAACUUCUCUAUCCGAUACUUCAAAAAAUGAAAAAAUUUGUACUCAGCCAUUGGGUAAUAAAAAUCUACAGCUUCAAGAUUUAAAACUAGAAAGUGAAGAAUUAAGUUUAGUUCAGAAAGCAAUUUUAAGUUAUGAAGAAAAUUUGGCACUUUCUUCUCCUGAAAUUCAAAAGAGACAUUUUAUUUCUCAUUCAAGAAACAAUUCUUUAAGUAGUAUUUCUAGUAAAAAAUCAUGUAGUAAUCCUAGUAGUCCAAAACCCAAACCUAUUUCUUAUAUUGAUAAGGAAUUCAAACAAGAUAGUAUCAUAGUGGGGAAAUCAGAUAUUAAAACUAAUAAAAAUCAAGAGUUUCGUAAACAGUCUUUCAACAGUAAAGAUGAUAAAAGGCCUCCAAUUAUGAUCAAUGAAAAAAAAUCAAAGUCUUUCUGUUUAGAUUCAAGAAUAAGUUCAGAGAAAACUCAAAAAGAAGAAAUUCUAAGAUCAGAUGUAAAUUCACAUAGAUAUAUGAAUCAGCAAGAAGUAAAGUUAAGCAAAUCAUUAAAACCCAAUGAAUCUUUCUUAUGGUCCCAUUCUACUUCAGCUCAACAUCGAAAAUUUAAUACUCGUAGUGAAGCAGUUUACAUGAAUGACAUGGCAACGACCAAACAUGAAUUUAGGAACUGCAAGAAAAUACAUAAUAAGGAUAAUGAGCAAACUACAAAUGUUGAAAAUGAAUACAAUAAUAUAGGUUCAUGUGACAGUGAUGAACAAGAAUCUUGGGUGGACAUUAGUGACAUUGAGUUAGAAAAUAGUGAGAAGUACAGCAAUAGUUCCAUUAUUCCAAGUGCUUUUAGAAGAAACAAAGUAAAGAAAGAUUGUUAUAGAAAGAGCCAGGCAAGACGUUCUUGGUCAGAUAGUAUGAGAGCUGCUAAAAAUAAGACAGAACAAAACAAUGAAUAUCAAGAUAUUUCAUUGUGGGAAACUAUUGAUGGUGAAAAUAGUUCUGAAUCAAAUGAUGGUGAUCCUCAGUAUGAGCCAUUAUAUGAAUCAGUUUAUCAAAAUAUUAUUUUUGAUGGUGAGAGUAAUGGUUCUCAGUCUCCUGAUGAUAUAAGUAAACACAGUUCUGAAACAUUCAAUGAAGUGUUUGAUAACGAAGAUGUUAGUGCUUCUAAUAUCAAAGAAAAUAGCAGUGAUAUAGGAAGAACUAAGAAAAAAUUGGUUAGAAAUUGGUCAUUAACCAGAAGUGAUAUCAGAUUAGAAUUGUCAUCAAAGUUAAAUAAAAUUAUGACAAAACGAAAUGUUCAUAGUUCUAUUGAACUUGGAAUGAAAGAAAAACAACAAGAAACAAAUUCAAAAAGAAAUACUCUUAUGAAAUACUUCCUUGGUCAAAGAAGCAAUACUGCUGGUCCGUUACUUAAUUCUUCUUCAGGAAGGAAAGAUAUGUCUACAUUUUAUGUUGAUAUAAAAGAAAAUGGAUUGAAAGAUUCAUGUAGUGAUGUUUCUUUAAAAUCUUCAAACUCAUUACAGGAUAAAGAUUAUUAUUUAAAAUCAGAACAGUUUGAUAUUCAGCUUAAAAAAACUCAGUCAAUGAAGCCAUUAUUAAGGAAAACUAUUCAACGUCCAACUGCACCUCCACCUCUUCCACCAGAUUCUAUAGUUAAAUGCAGAACUGGAACUAAAUCUAUGGAAUUGAUACGUUCUCACACAGUUGCUUUUAACAAAACACGCUCUUUAGAUUCAACCUGUUAUAAUGAUUGUAAUGAAGGUGAUAUUCUAUAUAAUAAUAUAACUAUUGAAAAUAAUUUCCCAAAUAAAGCUUCAGUCAGUGAAAUAUCUAGUAUAAGUACUAGUGAAGGUGAAAUAAUUUCCAGUUCUUCAUCUGACAGAACAAUUUCUGGUAAUAGUUCUCCGUCCUACUCUAAGAGUUCUAGACAUUCGGAUAAUUAUUAUUCUGUGUCAUCAUCCAUUACGGAUUCUUCGAUGGAUAAGGAAAUGAGUUCCCUUCAUUCGGACUGCAGGUAUUUUAUUAUAUUUUUUCAAUAUGUUUAUAGGAUUUUUAAUUCUUUCAAAAUUUAUGAAUAUAAAAAUACAUUGUUAUUAAAACAAAGACAAAAUUGUAAUUAUAAUGUUCAAUAUUUUAGAGAAACAAAACCUGAUUUCUUGGAAGUGUUACAUCGCUUAGAAAGCAGUCCUGUCUGUCAGUGUCUUAAUAUGCAUUCCUUUUUGAUGCUUCCAAUGCAGCGGAUCACUCGUCUGCCUCUUCUGGUUGAUGCAAUUUUUCACCGUCUACCCACUCAUGCACCAAAUUAUGAAAAUUGUAAAAUGACACUUGCAGUAUUAAACAAGGUGGUUCAAGAAUGUAAUGAACAGACACGUCAGAUGGAAAGAGUGGAAGAAAUGGUGACCAUAAAUAGGUCUUUGGAUUUUAAAGACUGUAAAGGUCUUCCAUUAGUAUCUGCUUCACGUUGGUUGGUGAAAAGAGGAGAGCUAACGAGAUUUUACUGUGAUAGCUCAUCUAAGCGAACAAUAAGUUUCUCAACUCGUUGGUCUAAAGUUCCUGUUUAUUUAUUUCUUUUUACUGAUUAUCUUCUAAUAACAAAGAAAAAAAGUGAAGAAAAUUUUGUUGUGUUAGAUUAUUGUCCAAGAAACAUGUUGCAAGUGAUGUCUUUGGAAGAUAUGGAGGAAGGUCAGAUAGUUCCACGGCUUCCCUCAAAUAGAAAAAAUUUUUUUCAGUUGACAAUGCUGAAAAAUCACAAAGGAAAAACUGUUGAACUAAUACUUAGUGCAAAUCUUGAGAGUGAAAGAACAAGAUGGAUGGAUGCAGUUACUCCACCCUUAUCUGAUAAUCCUGAUGAAAAAAUAUAUGAAGUUUGGGAUUGUCCUCAAGUACAGUGCAUUUUUUCAUAUGUUGCUCAACAACCUGAUGAAUUAACAAUCGAAGAAUGUGAUGUGGUAAAUGUUUUUCGCAAGAUGUCUGAUGGAUGGUACGAAGGGGAGAGAAUACGUGACGGAGUCAGGGGCUGGUUCCCUGCCUCAUACACUGUGGAAAUAGUUAGUUCACAUGUGAGAACCCGCAACUUGAGACAAAGGUGUCGGCUGAUGAUGCUGUCGCAGUCGACAUUAAAAUGACAAAAGUAGAAAGGAAAAUUUCUCUUUUGACCAACUCUAGGUGCCAUUAAAAAUUGCCAUAUAUAUUUGUGAGAUUGGAGCAAUGUGGCAUAUUUAUUGUGUGAGUGCUCAAAAAAUGUCAUUCUAGAAAUAGUUUGUAGUAUAAGAUUGUAUUUGACGAGUGCUUUUCAAUUGAUUCGAUAUCAAUUUUGUGUAAAUUAAUCACGUGACUUAUACUAUAUUUAAACAGUAUUUAUACAGAUAUAUAUACUUUUAAAUUGUUUUUUUUUUUUUUAUUUUUUGAUAACCAGCAAAAUAAUUCCAGAUGGGACCAUUUUUUAUUUCCUUCCAUAUUUUUGUAAUUGUGUCUAGCAAUCUUUUAUAUCCUGCAGUAUGUAUUUUCUAUACAAAUGCAACAACUUAACUAAAUACAAACAUUCCCAAAACAUUCCAUUUUUUAAUCAUUUGUAUUUAAGUUAAGGAAUUGGAAUGCAGUAUAACUAUCAAUGGUUGGAAUGCCAAAAAUCAUUAAGCCACAAGACGGGGUAAGAAUGCAAUAUGUUUUAUAAUGGUGCCAUUUUUUUUAUCCUGCAAUAAUUAUGUUUUAAAUCAGUAUUUAUAUUUAUGUAUAAAUUUUAAAGUUAUUAGCUAUGAGCUUAAUUUUGUUAUUUUUAAAAAAAUUAUUUGUUUUGUUUACAUUGGUAAAAAUUUAUUGUUUUAAAGCCAAGAAAUGUUUAUUUUUAAAAAGUCAUAUUCACUAUUUAAUUUAAUAACAUUAAAGUUUUAGACUAUAUCCUCAUUUCCAUGUCUUCCAUUAUAUAUAAUGAUAUAUAUAAGAUACCUCACAGUCAAGUGUUUAUACAAAAAGUAUUGCAAUCAAUCACUAAGGUCAAGCCUUUUAAAAUGUAUUUUUUGAAAAAGUUUCUAUUUAAGAGAAAUUGUUUUGUACAUUGACAAAACUUGGUACUUUUCUUAAUGUCAUUUAUCCAUAAAUUAAAUGGCCGAAUCUAAACUGUACUGCCAUUUUAUGCCAACCUUUUUCUACAUGUUUAGAUGUAGUAUUUAAGUGCUUUAUAACAGUAAUUAUGUUAAAUUACACCAGUGCCUAAAGAAUUAUGGCAUUUUGAAACAUAAAUAAAAAUUUCAUAUAUCA